CCCCCCCCCCCAGCCCAGAGGCCGGAUUGGGUCUCCGGGGGUUUGGUUUGGUUUGAUUUGGUUCCGGCAGCUGUCAGACUCUCUUGUUUGGCCGGAGGGCUUGGCAGCCCUGGGGUGGGCUCACCCGGGUACUGGGCUCCCUCCAGUACCAGUCUUCAGGAAACGAAUUGACUUUCUCGGUCUCCUAGCAACGAGGGACUGUCUACGUCUACGGACUAGGGGAGCUGCGGCGCAUUCCAAAUCGCUCAGGCGCUUUACCGGAACCCGGGAGCCUGACCCAAACAGGAGCCGAAAACCAGAGCUUGCAAGAAUAAGCAGGAAAUGGCGGACGAGGCGUUGUUUUUGCUUCUCCAUAACGAGAUGGUGUCUGGAGUGUACAAGUCCGCGGAGCAGGGGGAGGUGGAAAAUGGACGCUGUAUUACUAAGCUGGAAAACAUGGGGUUUCGAGUGGGACAAGGAUUGAUAGAAAGGUUUACAAAAGAUACUGCAAGGUUCAAGGAUGAGUUAGAUAUCAUGAAGUUCAUUUGUAAAGAUUUCUGGACUACAGUAUUCAAGAAACAAAUCGACAACCUAAGGACAAAUCAUCAGGGCAUCUAUGUACUUCAAGACAACAAAUUUCGUCUGCUUACUCAGAUGUCUGCAGGAAAACAGUACUUAGAACAUGCAUCUAAGUAUUUAGCAUUUACAUGUGGCUUAAUCAGAGGUGGCUUAUCAAACUUGGGGAUAAAAAGUAUUGUAACAGCUGAAGUGUCUUCAAUGCCUGCUUGUAAAUUUCAGGUGAUGAUACAGAAGUUGUAGAACAUACUGAAAUGCAAGACUUCAGCUGUGUAUAAAGAGUUAAAUUAUUCCUGUAUAAAAUAUUUCAAGUAGCAGUGAUUUAAUUACAUUGUUGGACAUUGGUGUUGAUAUAAGCUAUUUGCUAACUUGUAUCAUGAAAGAUGUAUGCUUAUGCAGGAAUAAGGUUUUAUUUAUUAAUUUAACAUACACCAAGUUAAAGCAGAUAAAGAGACUUUCAGAGUGAAAAAACUUGGUUUCAAGUAAACACCAAGAUAUAGGAUCUUUAUUUUAACCAUUUUUGUUUGCUUAGAGUGAUGUGUAUUUUAACGACAGAUGGAGAAGCAAAACUCGGGGUUUGAUAAAUGAGCAUAAAGAAAGUAUGCACCAGUCAGAAUCAUUUGUGUAAGAAUGAACAAAUUUUGAUUUUGUUUUAUGAAUUUGUUAUUAAAAAAGCAAACAGCACACUAAAUUAGACUUUAUUUUGUUAUAAUUUAUUUUUAUUAAGAAUUUUUUUGCCUCUAUAAGUGUCAUUAUAUACAUUGUAUAUAUGUGUAAGAGAUACCAUAUCUACCUAAAUUGUUCAAAAAACAUAAUUUCACUUUAAUAGAAUUUAGUUUUAGAAGGAUCCAUUAAUGUAAUAAAAGUUAAAUAUAGAUUAAUUUAAAUGUGAAUUCAGUGACUCCAGGGCCAAAGAAUAUUAAGUAUUUUAGGAAGGAAUUGUUAUAUUUAACUCCUGUUACAGUUUCAACUUGAAGCUUUUCUUUCCUUGUGUGGAAGUUCUGGUGAAUUUCUAACUUCUUUAUCUUUAUUCCUUUAUUUACUCUUCCCUAUGGGUAGAUAAGGUCAUUAAGCCCAUUCAAGAGGGCUUAGCCCUCAUGGCCUGAUAAUCACUUCCCAAAGGCCCUGCCUCCUUAUAUUAUCUGUCACCUUGGUUGUCAGGACUUGAACACAUAUAUUUUCAAGGACACAAAUAUUCAGUCCAUAGUAGAACCCAACAUAUGGUGAGCAAGGGGAAAGCAGAAUCCUACAGGUAGGGUUAUCUGGUCAAUUGUUUCCAAAUCUGACUAAAAUACAGUUGUAGGAUGGGAGUUCAACUCAGGCAUCAGGCUGGGAUUGACACAAAUUUUAGGGUCAUAAAAGUUAAGAAACUAGACAGAACCUACAUUUUUUCAAAGUGUUCUUUGAAAAAUGGGUAUUAUGAUCAAAUACAUUUUGGAAAUCCAUGCUCUUUUGUAGAUUUUUAAUGCAUAUUAAUGGCAUGUUACAG